AGUGACCACGACUAGAAGGGAUCAGCAAGAAGGAGGCAGGAGCCACCUCCUUCUUCUACCUUAUGCUCUUCCCUGAUUAGACUCAGAACAUUGGUAUCUCAUCUAGACAGGAAACAAGUUAAGCGUCUGGUUUCCAUGCUACUUUCAACAGGAAGCCAUGCAGCCACUCCAAUUUCCAUACAAGAACUACAGCAGUAGGUUACCCAUACCUUCCCUUGGCUUUGCUGCUCUGCUGCUGAUCUCUUUGGCCACCCUCACCAGCUCUUGCACAGAGCAGGAGAAGAACUCCCUCCUCCAGUUCGUCUCUGGGCUCUCACAGGAUGCUGGCCUUGCAAAGUUAUGGCAGGAAGACACAGAUUGCUGCAAUUGGGAAGGCAUCACCUGCAACGGAAACAAAACAGUUAUUGAUGUCUCUCUAGCAUCUAGAGGCCUUGAGGGGCACAUAUCACAAUCCCUUGGGAACCUCACCGGACUGCAGCAGGUUAACUUGUCCUACAAUUCGCUGUCUGGUGGCCUGCCGCUGGGAUUGGUGUCAUCCAGCAGCAUCAUUGUCCUCGAUGUGAGCUUCAACCAGCUCAACGGAGACCUGCACGAGUUGCCUUCUUCAAUCCCUGGACGGCCUCUACAGGUACUUAAUAUCUCAAGCAACUUGUUUACUGGGCAGUUUGCAUCCACUACAUGGAAGGGGAUGCAGAAUUUGAUUGCACUCAAUGCCAGCAACAAUAGCUUUACUGGGCAUAUUCCAAGUCAUUUCUGUAACAUAUCACCAUCCUUUAGUGUGCUUGAACUCUGUUACAACAAACUCAGUGGUAGUAUCCCCCCAGGACUCGGUAAUUGCUCCAAACUCAGAGUGCUCAAGGCUGGGCACAAUUACCUCAGUGGGACGCUCCCUGAAGAACUCUUCAAGGCUACCUUGUUGGAGCAUCUUUCUUUUUCCAGCAAUGGUUUACAAGGGAUACUUGAUAGCACACAUAUAGUCAAACUCGGAAAAAUGGCCAUCCUUGAUCUUGGAGAAAACAAAUUCAGCGGAAUGAUUCCGGACUCCAUAGGUCAGCUCACGAGAUUGCAGGAACUCCAUUUGGACUACAACAGCAUGUCUGGGGAGCUGCCAUCAACCUUGAGCAACUGCACAAAUCUCAUAACACUUGACCUUAAGAGCAACAAUUUCAGUGGUGAACUCAACAAGGUCGGUUUCUCCAACUUCCCCACUCUAAAAACCUUAGAUCUUAUGCGGAACAACUUCAGUGGCACAAUUCCAGAAAGCAUAUACUCAUGCAGAAACCUGAUUGCACUACGGCUGUCUUCAAAUAAGUUCCAUGGACAGUUAUCAAAAGGACUCGGCAAUCUGAAAUCCCUCUCCUUCCUGUCGCUCGCAAACAACAGUUUUUCAAAUAUAACAAAUGCACUUCAGAUAUUAAGAAGCUCCAAGAACCUCACCACCCUUCUUCUUGGGAUGAAUUUCAUGAACGAGACCAUGCCACACAAUGCCAGAAUUGAUGGUUUUGAGAAUCUUCGGGUUUUGGCCAUUGACGAUUGCCUAUUGUCGGGGCAAAUACCUUUUUGGAUAUCAGAGCUAGCGAAUUUGGAGAUAUUGUUUUUGCAAGGUAAUCAACUCAGUGGACCAAUACCAGCCUGGAUCAACACAUUGGAAUACCUUUUCUAUUUAGACAUAUCAAACAACAGCCUUACAGGAGAAAUUCCGACAACAUUAAUGGCUAUGCCAAUGCUAACUUCCGAGAAGACUGCAGCUCAUUUGGACCCAAGGGUCUUUGAUCUGCCAGUUUAUGAAGGUCCAUCACUUCAACGCCGCAUACCAAUUGCUUAUCCUAAAGCUCUAGACCUAAGCGGAAACAAAUUUACGGGUGUGAUUCCUCCAGAGAUUGGUCAGUUGAAAGCCCUCAUUUCACUUGAUAUCAGCUUCAACAACUUGACAGGACCGAUCCCCCCAUCCAUCUGCAAUCUCACAAACCUGCAGGUGCUAGAUUUAUCCAACAACAAUCUCACAGGUGAAAUCCCAGCUGUAUUGGAGAACCUGUACUUCCUUGCCGUAUUCAACGUUUCUAAUAAUAACCUCGAAGGGCCUAUUCCAACUGGCAGGCAAUUUAAUACAUUUCAGAAUUCUAGCUUUAAUGGGAACCCAGAGUUGUGUGGCUCUAUGCUACUUCGUCGAUGCAGUUCAGCUCAUGCACCUCCAGUCUCCACAAAAAAAGGAAAAAGGAAGGCAAUUUUUGCAAUUGCAUUUGGCGUGUUCUUUGCAGGAAUUGCUAUUCUUCUGUUGCUGGGGCGUCUUCUUGUCCUAAUCAGGGUAAAGAGUUUAACAUCCAAAAAUAGAAGGGAGGAUAAUGGUGAUGUUGAAACAACUUCAUUCGACUCCAGCUCUGAGCACGAACUGAUCAUGAUGUCACAAGGUAAGGGAGACAAAAACAAGCUCAAAUUCUCUGACAUCGUGAAAGCUACAAAUAGCUUUGACAAGGAGCACAUCAUUGGGUGCGGUGGUUAUGGCCUAGUCUACAAAGCUGAGCUACCUGAUGGCUAUAAGCUCGCCAUCAAGAAGCUUAAUGGUGAAAUGUGCUUGAUGGAAAGGGAGUUCACUGCAGAGGUUGAAGCACUCUCCAUGGCCCAGCAUGAAAAUCUUGUGCCACUCUGGGGUUACUGCAUCCAGGGAAACUCGAGGUUCCUCAUAUAUUCUUUCAUGGAGAAUGGCAGCCUGGAUGAUUGGCUUCACAACAUGGAUGAUGAUGCCAGCACAAUGCUUGACUGGCCAACGAGGCUCAGGAUUGCACAAGGAUCAAGCAGUGGCCUUUCUUAUAUCCAUAAUGUCUGCAAGCCUCACAUCAUCCAUCGUGAUAUCAAAUCCAGCAACAUCCUACUGGACAAAGAAUUCAAAGCUUAUGUUGCAGAUUUUGGGCUGUCAAGGUUGAUCCUUCCCAAUAAAACUCAUGUCACAACCGAGUUGGUUGGCACUCUUGGUUACAUC